UGGAACGCCCUGUAGCUGUCUCCAGCUUCCGGUAUAACCGCGUGACAGGACCGGAGAGAGCUCUCUGCUGCCCGGGGGGGAGAGGGGGGUGAGACCCGGAAGUGGCCCGGAGCGAGGACUUAACGAUUCCCAGGCCGGAGUUCAGUAUGAAAAGUAGAGAAGAUUGAGCUCCCAUUUACCAGCUGUUAAUGGUGCUGAGCCAGCCCAGAGUCCCGUUACUAUGAGUCUCCUGAAUACCAGGACCAGCUUAGACACAGGGGAUUCAGACGACGCCUGCUGUGGAGCCAUGGCGAAUGCUUGUUGUAUCAACUCGAAGGAGGACAUUGUCAGCACACCGGGCGGUACACCGGUUGGGAACCCAUUGAGUCUUGUGAUGGAAGAGGUGCAAGGAUAUGAUGUGGACUUUGAUCCUCCUCUCGAAAACAAAUACGAGUGUCCCAUCUGCCUGAUGGCUCUUCGGGAGGCUGUGCAGACUCCUUGCGGUCACCGAUUCUGUAAAGCUUGUAUUAUGAAGUCUUUAAGUGAUGCAGGCCACAAGUGCCCAGUCGACAAUGAGAUUCUACUAGAAACCCAACUUUUCCCAGAUAACUUUGCAAAGCGUGAAAUCCUGUCCCUAACGGUGAAAUGUCCAAGUGAUGGCUGCACUGCAAAGAUGGAACUGCGACACCUAGAGCAUCAUAAAAUGAAAUGUGAGUUUGCCACAGUGGACUGCAGGCAGUGCCAGAAACCCUUCCAAAAGUUCAACCUGGAUGCGCACAUGAAAAUGGAUUGCCCUAGGCGGCAAGUGUCCUGCACAAAUUGUGCCCAGCAAGUGCCAUAUGAGGACAUGAUGCAGCAUGAUCAGAACUGCCCUCUCGCUUAUGUGACCUGUGAAUAUUGCCAGGAGAAUCUCAUCCGAGAUCAGCUCCAUAAUCAUUGUGCUAUGGAUUGUGAAAUGGCCCCAAUUACCUGCACAUACAGUCAGUUUGGAUGUACAGCAAAGAUGCAGCGGAAUGAGCUGGCUCUUCACCUGCAGGAAUUCACCCAGGCUCAUAUGCAGAUGAUGGCACACACAGUGUUCAACAUCAGCAGCAGUCUUACCCCUACAAGCCCUCUAUCCAACCUCUCCUUUACAAACCUAGGAGCAUUUCAGCCUGGUCCUCCCUCUGUGCUUCCGGUCCAUUCAUCUCUUCUGUCACAUCAGCAUGACUGCAGCCAGGAGACACAGCACUUGAGGGAGACCAUCGACCAGCUGGAGGGGCGCUUGGUGAGACAGGAUCAUCAGAUUCGAGAACUAAUCGCCAAGAUGGAGACACAGACCAACUAUGUCACCGAACUUAAACAAACAAUACGGUCCCUGGAGGACAAAAUGGUAGAAGUAGAGGCUCAGCAUUGCAAUGGCAUCUUUGUAUGGAAGAUUGGUAAUUUCAGUACACACCUGAAAAACCAAGAGGAGGACAGACCAGUGGUAAUACACAGCCAAGGGUUUUACACUGGUAAGCCUGGAUACAAGCUCUGCUUAAGACUGCACCUUCAGCUUCCCAGUGCGCAACGCUGUUCCAAUUAUAUCUCCCUCUUUGUUCACACCAUGCAAGGGGAGUAUGACAGCCUCCUUCCUUGGCCUUUUCAGGGAACCAUACGUCUUUCUGUCCUUGACCAGUCCGAAGGCUCUGUUCGACAGGAUCAAGAGGAGGUGAUGGAAACUAAGCCAGACCUUUUGGCUUUCCAGAAGCCCACAAGUUUUCGCAACCCUAAGGGAUUCGGCUACGUCACUUUUAUGCACAUUCAAGCACUGAAGCAGCGGCAGUUUUUAAAAAAUGACACUCUUCUAGUACGCUGCUCUGUCAUCACACACACAGAAGCAAAUAGCCUGCGUAGGGAAGGAUUUAAUCCACGCAGUUCAGAUGGAACACUAUGAUCGCAGGGCUCCAAAGGAACCUAUAUUCUUGUAAAUGGUGUUAUGUUCUCAAUUUCUUUUAUUCUUUAAAGGGAUACUAAGUGCAUCAAAACAACUUGAGACUUUGUAAAGCAGAUUUAGUGUAUUGAUCAUGCCCGCAAAGUCCCCACUGUUCAAAUCUCUGCCAUUUCGAAGUUAAAUCACUUUUGUUUCUGUUUAUGCAUCCUCCCCUGGCUGUGACUGACACAGCCCACAUGAGAAAAAUGGUUUAGUUUACACUCAGAUGUUAACUUACUUUAGAAGUUUUUAUUUCCUGCUCUGUUAACUAUAUUUUACUCGCACACAGAGGGCCCCUGCAGGUUCUAGAAGGCUAUUAACAGAGGAUAAAAGAUUUUAGAUUAAACAAACCGUGCAAUACAGGAACCUAAAAUAUAUCUGUGCCUUUUUAGGAAGUGUUUCGGAAGCCUGUAUGGUCACAUGCAGAGAGGUGUAAACAAAAUGACUUACUCCUAAAUGGUAGAGAACAUAAUAGGAGAUGUAGUCAAAAGCAUUUGUACACGUUAUGAUGUUCAGACUAUAGUAUAAAACUUAAAUAAAAUUUGCAUUUAUUAUUCAA